UCCGACUCUGUGAUGGAAGUGCGUCUGCUGAUCUGACGGGACAAAGAGCAGAACUGAGAAACCGCUGCAGGAGUCAUGAGGGUCCUCGUUGGUCUUAUCUUCACGUGUCUCCUCUUCCAGACCGCUGAAUCUUAUGGUGAUUCCUUGGUCAUCCCCCAAUGUCGGCAUCAGAAUUACACACGGCUGUCUUGCUCGAAAGUGUUCUGUCCACCAUGGAGGCGAUGUAUCGCGGGACAGUGCGUCUGUAAGAUGCCGUACAAGUGUCCACGGCAGGAUUACCACGCGUGUACGCUGGACGGAUCUGAGUAUUACUCCAUGUGUCAGGCCAAAGCCAUCUCCUGCAGAUCCAACAAGCCUGUGUUCUCUCACAUCAGCACAGCCUGCAGAGCGGAAGAGAAGGUGGAAGCAACUCUGAAGGACGCUGGCUCUCAUAAAGUGGUCAUGAUAAACACAUGGUUGGGAAAAAUGUUUGUAUGUGGCAAUGACUGGAAUAUGGCUGCAGCUAAUGUUGUUUGUCGAAACCCUCUGAAUGUCGCCAGAGGAGCAGCGGCAGUGGGUAAAACCAUGUACAACACUCUUGACGAAGAUACUGAAUGGCCAACGGAGUGUAUGAGUGUUCGCUGCACGGGAUCUGAGCUCUCAUUGGCAGAGUGCACCAUCUAUAAUCCCCAGCCAAUCACAAAAAACACUGUGGCCACUACAAAUUGUUAUAAUGAACCCAAAGGCGAAUGUAAGAAGUUCCUCUGUGUGAACGGGAAGUGUUUAAGCAAAGGAAAACUCUGCAAUGGUGUUGAUGACUGUGGAGACAACAGUGACGAGAUGUGCUGCCAAAGCUGUAAUAAAGAAAGCGAAGCGUUCCACUGUAAGUCGGACGUCUGUAUUCCCCGUCACGCCGUCCGAGAUGGAAUCAGGGACUGUCUGGGAGGAGAAGAUGAACUGGAUGAAAACGACAAACCAGUAGAGAAUAAUCGGCAAGAUUUGUUUUCUGAUCCAAUGUCUGAGAUCAGAAGAAUACGUUCAUCUGCCGAGAGCCAGCUGGAGUGUGGCAUUCCCAAUAUGGAGUAUGAGUACAAACAAAAGGACGAUACGACUUCCCAUUCACGCAGGAAACGCAUAGUAGGAGGAGAAGAGGCCUUACCGACUCAGAUACAGUGGCAGGUGGCCAUUCAGUACGGAGGCUCAAUCCACUGCGGAGGGGCGUAUCUGGGUGGCUGCUGGGUUUUGACCGCUGCCCACUGCGUCAGGCACAAACCAAAGUCCUACCGUAUCAAGAUCUCCCUCUGGAAGAAGUAUCGUAAACAGUCGACGACAGACAGCCUCCAAGUGAAGAACAUCAUCAUCCAUCAUGAAUUUAACCCACAAACCUAUGCCAAUGACAUCGCUUUGGUGCAGCUAGAGGAGCUGGGUCUUUCGGACAAGUGCAUGCAGGACAACCCCGCUGUCCGAUCCGUCUGCGUCCCCUGGUCCACCCAACAGUUCCGGCCCAACGACACCUGCACCAUCUCUGGCUGGGGCCGCGACAGAGCGGGAAUAUCAUCAGAGACUCUAAAAUGGGCAAAUGUGACGAUUAUUGGUAACUGCGAGAAUUAUUACAAGGACCGUUUCCUCCCUGGAAUGGAGUGUGCAGGUGACCUGGAGGGGAAGGUGGACUCAUGUCAGGGUGACUCCGGAGGGCCGCUGGUGUCUAAAGACGCGUCUGGCGUGUCGUAUGUGUGGGGAAUAGUGAGCUGGGAUGAUAAAUGUGGUGAACCCAACUAUCCUGGCAUCUACACUAAAGUAGCACAUUAUUUUGACUGGAUCCGCUUCAACACAGGCUGGGCGGCUGUAGCCAAAUAUAACCAGUAAAAUGAACUGGUUAACAUUUGCCGACUGAUGUUACUAUAUGUGCUUUUGAACCUUUGUUUGUUGUUGCUCAGUCCUGUCUCUUUGUUUCCAUGUGUUUCCUAGUUUGUUGUGCUUUUGAGAAAUUAAAUUGUUUUAUGUUGUA